AUGAAUGGCAACGACCUAUCUAUCUAUCUAUCUAUCUAUCUAUCUAUCUAUCUAUCUAUCUAUCUAUCUAUCUGGUCAUUAGCAGUCGAAUCUAUCUAUCUAUCUAUCUAUCUAUCUAUCUAUCUAUCUAUCUAUCUAUCUAAGCCUAUUUGCAACGAUCUAUCUACUAUAAUCUAUCUAUCUAUCUAUCUAUCUAUCUAUCUAUCUAUCUAUCUAUCUAUCUAUCUAUCUAUCUAUUUAAGCCUAUUUUCAACGAUCUAUCUAUCUGAAUAUAUAUGGUCAUUAGCAAUAGACUAUAAUCUAUCUAUCUAUCUAUCUAUCUAUCUAUCUAUCUAUCUAUCUAUAUUUCUAUCAACGAUUUACGACGAUCUCUAUCCCAACGACCUACAAUCUAUCUAUCUAUCUAUCUAUCUAUCUAUCUAUCUAUCUAUCUAUCUAUCUAUCUAUCCAUCAAAGCAUAUUUGCAGCGAUCUAUCUACUAUAAUCUAUCUAUCUAUCUAUCUAUCUAAACUUAUUUAUAUCGAUCUAUCUGUAUAUAUAUGGGCAUUAACUGCAAAUCUAUCUAUCUAUCUAUCUAUCUAUCUAUCUAUCUAUACUAUAAUCUAUCAAUCUAUCUAUCUAUCUAUCUAUCUAUCUAUCUAUCUAUCUAUCAAUCUAUCUAAGCCUAUUUGCAAUGAUGUAUCUAUCUAUCUGUAA